UUUCCUCCGAAAAACAGAUAUUAUUAUUUAUCGUAGCACUUAACGAGUUACUUCAGAGACGAAACAUUUUUUGAGGUCAUGGAGCCUAUGAUUCUAGGAUCACCAGUGAAUAGUCCUGUCCAAAGUCCUGGUAGUCCAGGAAAUUCUUCCUCGUAUUUGCCAAGUUUUCUCUUGGGUGACACUAACACUCCCGCAAAGAUCAACAUAAUGAGCCCUCAAGAUAAUCCACGCCACUUGAACAUCACCAAUACCAGUGUGAUGUCAUCAGUUUCCUACGGCUCUCCAGAUUACCGGUCUAAUCGUCAGAAGGCAGUGUUUGGAUCUACGACUCCUAGCACGCCACAAAUAAGCACCAAAAAUCAUACCGGAGGGCCGCCAACGCGAGGACUAUUCGAUACUCUGGAAGUUACGCACAUAUCACCAUCUAUGGCAGCCACAAAUCCAGCUGUCACAGCCACGCCUAUAAAUCAGUCCAAACUCAUGAUGAGUACUUUAACCAGUCCACUGAUGUUUCCAGAUACUUCGUUCAAUUUGAGCACGAGCGAAUCGCAGAGUCUACUGCAAUGGGUAACAGUUUUCGGUUUCUUACCGAUCGAUAUCAAUGCCGUUCUGUCUCACAUCUCCAGCAGAGUUCGUAUAGUGGAUAAACAUCCGGCUCCACAACCCCAAAGCAACUGGAUACAUUUGAAGUGUGCGUCAGAGCAAGAAGCGCAAAAGGCUCUCAUGUGCAAUGGUAGUAUCGUUUCGGGCACAAUUAUGAUUGGCAUCAUACCAUGUACGGACGAGGGCGUCGUUCUGGGUUGCGACAAGGAAAACCGUGCCAAGCUGAAUGGAAGCAUGAGAUCGCUUUCAGUGGGCAGAAUCAGUCAAUCCUUUAACGCGUCGCCUACCGCGAGACGACGGAAGCUAAGAUCUUUAGCAGCGGGUUAUAAUCAACAUUUUAGCCCACAAGCCGCGCAGAUGCCGGAAAAUGUUCCACAGAAGUCGGCCAGUUUAGUUUCAAAAGCAAUGGAAUAUAUGUUCGGUUGGUAGUUGUUUUUUUUUUUAGUAAUAAUUAUACAUUGAACUCUUU